CGGACAAACCCCCUCCUUUUCCACUCCACUCCUCCUCCUCCCAUCCACGGAACCUCCGCGAAAGGGUGUGCGUUUUGAAGGUUGCACGAAGCUAUAACACCACUGCAGACGAGACGAGUCGCCACUUGGCUCUGACAGCCCGCGACAAGCCCCUGAAUCCUGGGCGGAGGCAACACCCCAAGUCUUCCUCCAUCCUCCCUCUCUGUGAACUCAGCCUCAACCCCCUCCACACGUCCUCCUGGGCACACGGUGGUGAUGCCGCAUCCACGGACAUUAAUAUCAGAAAGUUGAAAAUUACACAGGGCACACGGCAAAAUGCAAAGUGGCAGCUCCGUGGCUUCUCUUCAAGGUCAGUAUCUGAGCACCGCCGCCGCACGGACGAGUUUCUCGGGCAGUCGGAGGGGAAGAAGAGCCGUGGAGGGGAUGCCGCUGUGUGUCGCUUCGCCUCCAGCAUCAACAACGACAUCUUUCACGGACGAGGACGUUGACAGGCACUGACACGGAAACUUGUGAAGCACCGCUGUAAAGAACAACCAGGUUGAGCUUUUUGCACCUUUAGUGUCUGCGCUGUUCUGAGGGAAAAGAAAGAAAAAGAAAGUCUCCAGCAUCUUGGCGUUUCCUGCUUUCUGCCACCAACGGCCCUGCGUCGGUGCGACUGUUCACCUGGCUACGGGGAGCAACGUCGGAGUCAAGCUAGCUAACCUCGGCAGAAUGACUGUUUGGUUCGGGUUAAGCUAGCCGAACCGACAGGUGAAGUCAGUUGGUUAACUCACGUAACGUUGCGAAGUUGUAAGCAACUCUACUUCCUUGUACUUGCUCAGUGUUUCAAAACGAACUUGUACCAAUCUAUUUCUUUUUCAAAUCACACCGCCUUUCUACAACAUGCCUUCGAGGACGGGGUCACACAGCCCGGCCGGCUUCGGGAAGAGUUUACCGGAGCGGGGGCUGCUCCUGCUGAUGGUUCUGGUGUUUCUGGAGGGCUCCGUGCUGCCUCUCGGAGCUGCCAGCUCUCCGGAUACUAGCCACCAGACAAAUUUGGGCGACCACCAAGGGACACACACAGGACCUAACUCCACUAAAAAGCCUUUUCCUGUGCUGGCAGUCGAGUACGACCGCGUACAGAUCCCAUUUGAAAUUUCAUUAUGGGUGCUCCUUGCAUCGCUAAUGAAAUUAGGGUUCCAUCUGAUUCCUCGUCUGUCCAGCAUUGUGCCAGAGAGCUGCCUGUUGAUUGUGGUGGGCCUGCUGGUGGGAGGCCUCAUCAAACUAGCUGGAGAGGAGGUCCCACCAGUACUGGACUCUAGAUUGUUCUUCCUCUGCCUGCUGCCCCCCAUCAUCCUGGAUGCUGGCUACUUCCUGCCCAUCCGCCCAUUCAUGGAAAACCUGGGCACGAUCCUGAUGUUUGCUGUUGUUGGGACUUUGUGGAAUGCCUUUUUCAUCGGGGGCGUACUGUAUGGCGUUGCUCAGAUUCAGCCAGCCAACCCAUCAGACCUGCACCAACUAGAACUUUUGCCUUGCUUGCUGUUUGGCUCUAUCAUCUCAGCUGUGGAUCCUGUUGCUGUGCUUGCUGUGUUUGAGGAGAUUCACAUCAAUGAGCUGCUGCACAUCCUGGUGUUUGGCGAAUCACUGCUCAAUGAUGCUGUAACUGUGGUACUGUACCACCUUUUUGAGGAGUAUGCAGGCGUUGGCACAGUGACACUGUUGGACGGCGUCCUGGGAGUCAUCUCCUUCUUUGUAGUUGCACUGGGUGGUGUUCUAGUAGGAGCCAUCUAUGGAAUCCUGGCUGCCUUCACCUCACGCUUCACUUCCCAUACGCGUGUCAUCGAGCCACUGUUUGUCUUUGUGUACAGCUACAUGGCCUACCUGUCAGCUGAAAUAUUCCACCUCUCCGGCAUCAUGGCGUUAAUAGCAUGUGGAGCGGUGAUGAGACCCUAUGUGGAGGCCAACAUAUCCCACAAGUCACACACCACCAUCAAAUACUUUCUGAAAAUGUGGAGCAGCGUCAGUGAGACACUAAUCUUCAUCUUUCUGGGCGUGGCCACAGUGGACGGACCUCACGCCUGGAACUGGACCUUCGUCACUGUCACUGUCAUUCUGUGUCUGGUUGCACGAGUCAUAGGUGUGGUUGGUCUGACCUAUGUAAUCAACAAGUUCCGCAUUGUCAAGUUGACCACCAAGGAUCAGUUCAUCAUCGCCUACGGUGGCCUGCGAGGUGCCAUUGCCUUCUCCCUUGGCUUCCUGCUGAACCAGGACCACUUUCCCAUGAGAAAGAUGUUCCUCACUGCCAUCAUCACUGUUAUCUUCUUCACUGUCUUUGUACAGGGUAUGACCAUCAAACCCCUGGUGGAGCUGCUGGCAGUGAAAAAGAAACAAGAGGCCAAGCGCUCAAUUAAUGAGGAGAUCCACACUCAGUUCCUUGACCACUUACUUACUGGAAUAGAGGAUAUCUGUGGACACUAUGGACAUCACCACUGGAAAGACAAACUGAACCGCUUCAACAAGAAGUAUGUGAAGAAGUGCCUCAUUGCAGGCGAACGCUCCAAGGAGCCACAGCUCAUCGCUUUCUACCACAAGAUGGAGAUGAAACAGGCCAUUGAGCUGGUGGAGAGUGGAGGGGGAGUCAAGCUGCCUUCUGCUAUGCCUUCCACCGUUUCCAUGCAGAACAUUCAGCCCAAGAAGCCUCCUCCUGCCAAGCCUGUUGAGAGAGUGCUUCCACAGCUGCCCAAAGGCAGAGAGGAGGAGAUCAGGAAAAUCCUCAGGAGCAACCUUCAAAGGACUCGACAGAGGCUGCGCUCCUACAACAGACAUACUCUGGUGGCAGAUCCUUACGAAGAUGGGUUCAGUGACUUGCUUAUAAAGAAGCAAAGGAUGGUUGAGUUGGAAAAGAAGAUUAAAGAGAUGAGCAACUAUCUAACGGUGCCUGCUGCUCCCCCUGACUCCCCGACCAUGUGUAGAGCCAGACUGGCAUCAGGCAGAGAUACUGAUUUCAAACCUGCUCAGCAGCAAAAAGGAAACAAAAAGUGUUCAGACCCCCAAGCCUACAGCAUGAAGCCGGUGUCGGACAGCGUGCCGACCAUCCAGGUAGACCUGGCUUCUCCUCAAUCUCCAGACUCUGUUAACCUGUUAGAUGAGUUCAGACACGCUGGCCAGCAGCAGCCAGAGGUGGAGGAUCAGGGCCUGAUGAUGAAGCCUCCUUCGGGUCCAAGUGGACCUAACAAGCCACGUGAGGCAGACGAAGCCAGAGAUCAGCAGAAGUUAAUGAGGUGCCUGAGUGACCCCGGUCCAAGUGCAGACGAGGAUGAGGAUGAGCCCUUCCUGCCCUAAGACAGCAGGCCGGAUAUGGGGGUCAGGCUGCAUGCCCACCUUUACCGGUUAGAGGGGAGAGGGCUUGUUCACUGCUCUGCUCUAAAUUAUAUCUUUGGUUCAGAAACCAAACAAGCCAAAACUGCAAAUGCUGUAUGAACCACAAACAAUAAGCAAAAGGCCUGAGAAGAUUAAAAAAAAAAAGAGCCAUUAGUUUGUUGUCAUUGCUCUUUGUUUUCUUAGACAGGAGUGGAACAGCAACUGCUGGAACUGCUAACUGAGACAUGGUGGAGUUCAUGUUUGAUAGUCACAGACAUUCAGGAAAGAUCUAUGCAUUACCAAAGGUUUGGACUGUUUUAGUAUCAGACAAUGUUCUUUUCACUUUAGAGUCAGAUUGUUUUUUCUUUAUAGCAUAGUUGUUGAUUUUAUGUCUGUUCGUUUUUACAACUUCUUUUUGUCUUUUAAGCCACAUUCUCUGAGACAUGCUGGCCCUAUAGUCCUAAAUGUAAUUAACAAAACAAGUCCAAUUUUCACAUUCAGACAUAGAACUUGAGUUUUGUUUUUCUCACUGUCACUCUGUCACUUGAAAUUGCUGGAUAUCCAAACAUUUAGAUUGUAGCUAUUUUAAAAUAUUUUGCCUUAUUUGAUGUCAGACUUUUUCACUUGGUGCAUUUGUAUCUAUUUGUCCUUUUAAAAACAACAUAUUUUAAUUUCAGAGGCACUGACAUCUGUUUGUAAUCCGAGUUUGCUCCAGUAUAUUGUGGGAUGUCAGUGAAAGCUGGAUGUAUUUUGUCACUGUGCAAACCGCUGUGUAAAAGAGCCACAGUUGUUUAUAAUCAGACUUACAGACCUGCGGCCUUGUUCUAUGGCUAUGGAAAGAGGUAUAUAGACUUGAAAAAUUCCUCACUGCCUUGUGGGAGGCACAAGAAUGGAAUAAAGCUGAGUGUUUGGGAGGCUUGUUAGACUGGCAGUAAUGAAGCACAGAUGUUUUUGAUCAGCCAUCAUAGUUGUUCCCCAUCCAAGUGAAAUCACAUGCUGUCAUGUCACUUUCCUCUGUAGAUGUUUUAUGUUUUGUCUCAGUUUAGAACACCCUUUAAAACUCACUGAGGUAGAGGUGGAGCUGUUAAAGUAGACAAAUCUCUUAUUAAUGUAUUUAGCAAGUGCCCAUCAGCAGUUACUUUCAUACCCAUUGUAUUUUCAGAUAUAACAUCUAAAUACUUAAUCUACACCCUUGCAUGGCUGUUUGCAAUUUUCUUUUACUGACAUUUAGAUGAAACAUUUGUGCCCUACAUUACUGCUAUCACAGGACACGACAAGUGAAGGUUAGUCUGUACAGGAAUCCAUCCAUGCCUCCUAACCUUCUACAAAAUCUAAGACUGUAGGCGUGUCGUGGCAAAAAUGUGUAAUUCUAUGCAGUAUAGAUGUGUAAGAUAUGCAGAUUAAUUCUAAUAUCCUAUAUUUAUGAGCACCCUUUAAGUCUUUUAAACUCUAACUCUUCUAAUCAUGCAAAACACUGAGGCAAAUCACCACUAAAGGCAAAGCUAAAAUCAAACAUGGGCAUGAAGACAAGCAGUCACUUAAAAAUGGUUCACUAGAGUUUUUGCAUAUGUGAGCGAGACUGAAAAAGUUACCUGCCGGUACAAAAAGGUCCAGUAUUUAGUUGAUAUUGUCACUUUUGUCCUGUACAAUGUGUAUAAUAGCCUGUGUAAAAUAUAUUGCACAUCUUUUUUUACACAGCUGCUCAUUGAAAUUGAAUAUGACAUUUUUUAAGUUAUUAAUGUGAUAAUUUGCCGAUUCACACUCAUUUGAACAUCUCAAUCAAAGCACUAUGUUGGUAGUUGUUCGUACAGAGCAGCAUGUGCCAUGGCCAUUAACAAUUCAAAUUUAAACCUAAUGGUGUUCUUUCACUCGACACUUUUAUUACUUGACUUCAUCACAGAAAAAGAGUAGUUUCCCCCGUACUGGCCAUUCAAAGACCUUUGCUAUGAAAAGCAAAUGUCAGCUUUGAAACCCAGUCUGACUAAAAUAGCUUGAGUGAGUCACUGUUCCAGUUUUCUGGCUGUUUUCUAGGUGUUAGUGACGAUUGAAUCCUUCCUGAUCCUCUUACAUCCAAAAGGCUCACGUUACAGCUGAGGGGAAAGAGCAGAAGCACCCGACAAGCUUGUACGUUUCUUCCACUUGCUAUGGUUACUGUAGCGAGGACUUUAGAGUAUUUUUUCUGAGCACAUGUGAUUGUGUAAAUCAGUGUGAGCAUAUGUGUUUGGUUAUUUAUUAUUACCACAACACUAUUCCGGACGUGGUCAAAGACAAAAGGGUCGUUUUAAAACCCUGAACUGUCGAGCCAAAUGACUGACGGAACAUUCCCUCUAUCCUCAAGUCCUCUUUUUAUUGAUGCUAACAGGGCAUUAAUAUUUACACGCAGCAUUGAUUUUCUGAGAUUCUACAGUGAUGCAUAAGCUGCAGCUCCAGAAGCCCUAAGAACUGCCUCUACAUCUGUGCCCUUGGGACUAUAGCUUUGUCAUCUUCCCAGAUGCUUUACGAUUUGGUGACUUGAAGGCAGUUUGUUUCCUCUUAACCCUUAACUUCUCUGCAGUGGCUGAUCAGUAGAUUUCAAGAAGGUUGCAGCAAGUUAUACAUUUCUAAAGUAGGUUAUCUCUAUUGUGUAUACUCUGUGAGUGUGAGAGUAUUUUUAUGUCUGAAUGAUAACAUGAGUUAACAUUGCUUGGGGAUGUCAUCGAAUAAGGGGUGAAACUAAAAGCUUUGCAUUUCGAAUAAAACAAAAGUCACCAUAUCCCUUAUUACUUUAUAUUAUUCCAAAGACCUACAUUACCCAAAAAGAAAAGAAACACUAUUUUCAUAUUUUUUCUUUUUCAUACCAAAUGCAUCUUUUGGGCAAACAUUGUCACGCUCUUUGGAGGGUAAUGUUUGGUGCAAGAAACCUUAAUCUGAAGCCAUACAGCCUACAGAAGAACCUGUUUAUAAGCGAUAUUGUCUUGUAAAUAUCUUUUUGUCUUUGUUUUGCUUGACACACAAAUCAAACCUUUACCAGUAAAUCAUGUCUUUGCUCCCCCCCCCCAAACGAAUGCUUUCUGUUCUCAAUUUAAAUCGUCACACUGGAUGUUUUUCGACAGCUGUGAUUUCUUUAAAUUUGUGGCAGUUUUCAUUGAAUGUGUUGGUCUAAAUUAGAAUGUCAACACUGAUGCCUCACCAGCAUUCACUUCAGCUUUCAUGUUUUUAAGAUACUUCAUGUGCUUGUUACUUGUUGAACUGCUUCAUUGUGGGAGAAAAAAAAAACGUUUUUAUUAGCUUUAUGAGAUUAAGUCUUGUGCUUUCAUUGUCAAGCAUUGUAUCUGGAGCCAAGCAUUGUUUUACUUUGUGUGCUAUGCAGAAAGCUUUACUGUUUGUUUUUUUCCAUCUCAUGUUUACUUGUAACAGCACUCCAAAGGCAUUUGUUACCCAGUUUGUCACACAAACUUUAAACAGUGGAGUUCAGGCUCUGCUUCACAAAGUAGACACAGAGUUUACAGCUAUAAACUAUAAAAAGAGCCGCUUUUAAGCAGUAUGCUCAGACUCCGUGCUUGUAAAAUUAAAUCGUUGCACUGGACGAAGUAGAUCUUUGUUUUUCCCUGAUAUUCAGACGACAAUUCAGUUUCAUUCAUUCUUUUACAACAUAUCAAAUCUCAAAUUUCUGUUGUGUAGUAAUUGCAGUUCAGAUGCAGGUGGUGAACAUAUAAUCAUAGGAUCUCAAACUAAAAGAUAUUAUUGAUGGUCUUGGGUAAGAAAAACACAGUUCCACGAUAAUCUGGAAGUACUAGUUUGGUUACCACAUGAUUUGUACUAUGUGGGCUAAGACAUGCAAAAACACUAGUGUGUUCCUUUAAGUACUGUAACAUUUGACCAUACUGGCAGCACAAGGCCAACAGUAGAUGAACGUUUGACACAGGCUGCCAAUUAUAUAAUACAGGUAUCACUGUUAUGACGCACACUCGCAAGUCAUCGGCGUAAUGACCCUGCAGUGUCAUUAUUCCAACACCAAUAGAUUGUUUUCCUCCUGUGUUUACCUCAUCUGUCUCCGAUUUUACCUGAUCCGACUCCCGUUGUACACCACCAUUCUACACCACACAAGCACUUUAACGAAACAGUACCUUUAUAUCAAAACAUCGAUGUUCAGAGAGAGCAAUAAAUGGCUUUUAAUGUAGUCUACAUUGUGCACGGUUAUCAGGUGACACACAACAGGGAAAAGGAAUGUACUUAUGGAUGGGCCUUAGUACCGGGAAUGGCUUUGGUGUUUUUAGUUGUAAAACAGAGAGGCUGGGAAUAAAGAUCUGUGUGAAUGUCAUGCUAUUCUUUGAUGACAGAGUGGGUUAUAUUUCCCUCUUAUUCAUAUUUUUGUUUAUCUUCAUGUGUCUGUUGAAUUUAUGUGUUAAAAUUUUGCAAUGAUUAAAGAUUUUUUUUAUUUUAUAUACAUAUAAAUGGGAAUAUAUCUAUAUAUAUAAAACUUAAAAAUAUAUAUUAGAAAUUUAUUAUACGAUGUACAAAUCAGAAUCUGAAAGAUAUAAAGUGUGCACUUUCUUGUUGAUUAAUCUUUAGCUUUCAGCAUUCCAUUGUAAUGACCUGUUAAACUAACAACCAGUAAAGAAACUACAUCUGAAACUAUAUACUAGAUUAAAGUUGUACUUUAUAACA